AUGUAGAACAUUGGUUCAUAUGAAACUGCUUGGAGAAGGGAAUUUAAAGUGAAAAGAAAUUGGCUUUACAGGUGUACACUUGCAGGGAGAAUAUGUUUUAAAUAUUUAUGAACUUUCAUCAUGACGAUGAAAACUAAUUCAAGUGCUUGAAAACCCGUUGAUAUAAAAAAAAAUUCUUGCAAGUUCCGGUAUUUUCCUGUCCUUACUCCUGUGAAGAUGAGCGGGGUUAGCCGGAGUAUGUGUACUUUUGAAGAUCUGGGAACGGAAGACAAAACUACGAACGGGCACAGGAGGCUCAGGCUCACUCUGAACAGCCACGACCAGCCCGUCUGGACCGGGGAGCAGCCCAGAAACAAGCCAAUUGGCCGAGCUUUUGCAUUGGUGCAGCCGCCCAGUGAAAAGCAGGCACUGAAUCCCGAGCCAAUCAAACCCACUGAAGAGAAAGUUGAGGUCAUUAAGGUGUACCUGGAAGGGCGCAAACAGGAGCAGGCCAGACAGCAACAGAGUCUCAGGAUGCUAUCAGAUGAAGUGACUCAGAUACAGGAGGUGAGGUACUGUCUGAAAACGCUGAGGGAGCAGAUGGCGUUAAGAAACAACGGCAACAGCAAGGCAGAGCACAAGUUUCCAGCUAAUGGUUACAGAGUCCAUGCACCCAGCAGCCACCCGGAGGUGUCCAAACCCAGUGAGGGCCAGGCCACUCCAGACACGCAGGACUGGGACGAUGAGGAGGACAGUGCCAAGCUGAGGGAGGUCAGCAAGCGCCUGUACGCACGGCUGCAGGAAGCUGAGAAGAAGCACCAGGAGGAGAGAGAGAGGCUGCAGGCGGAGAGCGGUCAGUACCAGCAGCAGCUGAGCGAGCAGGGCGACCGCCUGGUGCAGGCCGAGCAGCGGAUCGAGGCUCAGGACAGACGCAUCCAUGAGCUGCAGAGGCUGCUGUCGGGGAUGGAGUGCGAGAGCGCCGCCCUGCAGGAGAAGAUGGAGGCCAGCGAGGAGGAGCUAAAGCAGCUGCGGGCGCUGAGGGAUAAGGGGCAAGGCCCGAGAGUGGAGGAGCUGGAGAAGGAACAGGCCGUCCUAAAGGAGAAGAUCCAUCACCUGGACGACAUGCUGAAGAGCCAGCAGAGGAAGGUCCGACAAAUGAUCCAGCAGCUGCAGAACUCGAGGACUGUUAUCCAGGAGAGGGACAGGGUGAUCCAGGACCUGGAGGAGAAGGUGGCCUUCUUGGAGGCUGAGAACCGAGAACUGCAUGACCAGAUGGACUACUUCCUGGGAGGACAGAAGAGCAGCUCACACCUGACAUCAGAGCGCAACGGGCAGAUUGUCUACAGCAAGCCGCUCACGCCUACUGGACAAGGGAACAAGUCUCUGCCCUUUAUUAAAGUCAUCGAGAUCAAGUCGUGAGCUGGGACACAGAAAGUGGAGGCCAGCCCACAGCGACACUAAGGAUGAACCAUACAGCCUUAACACACUGUCUACCGCCGUUCCUGGAGCUUUAUACUCCUGCGUGGUUUCACUCAAUUAAUGCAGAAAUGCUGUGCAUAGAUGCUAGUGUCAACGUAGAUGUUUAUAGAGUAGAGAUAGAUAUGUAGGCAUAUAGAUGUAGUUUGUGUGUCAAUUAAAAAAACCUCUUCGGGUCAAUUUAUUGGUCUGAGUUGUAGAUAUGUAUAUAUUUCCAUUAUCAUCAACAAGCAGUCUGCAGGAAAUGGAGGCUGGAUAUUACUGGCUAUAAAUGAGCAAUGAGGGUACAGAGAUUGCUUGUUCCUUCAUCCAUUAAGGAGAAAGAA